UUUCUAAGAAUUAGUCUAGGGACCUGAGUUGUGUUCUAUUUUCGCUGUUGUUAUUCUGAUAUACAUUUGAUUGGUCGAGACAACAGCCCCAGGGGAGGGUGUUCGUGAUAGUUGCUGCUGUGUGUGUCGACAGAGUGACGUAGAACAACUUGAUCAGACAGGUUGCAUUACUGGACUGUCUUCGUUGAAGAUCGUUGAGCAGUCACAUAUUAUCAGAACAGCAAGGAACGUUCUGUGGGAAUGUUCUUCGUGGAUGGUGCAUUACCCCGAGUGUGUUUCUUGUGGAUAGUGCAUCAGUCAGAGGAUUCAUGCGCUCCCACUGUUGAGUGUGUGGGCGAGGCUACCAUGUCCCGCCUACGUAUUCGCGAACGAAUCGAGCGCAAAAAACGUGCUUCGGUCAUGCUUCGAUGCCGUAAUCUAUUCGAAGUCUACACCGAUCUAUGGUUCGUGUACAACAUCGCUUUCAUCUACGCGAUGGCCCGCCUGGAACUCGACGACACGCCCACGAGUAUCGCACGUAGGGACGCGACAGCAUUCUUCAGCCCACAGGACUGCGUCAACUUUCUACGUUUCACGCAAUCGCAAGUUAUGCUGAUGCUGGAUCUGCUGUUGAUCCCCGCGUUCAUCCGCACUGACUGCGGGUUCGUGGUAAGCGGACGGGAGGCUC